GGGCUGUCGAUGGUGGAGUGUGGGGGUGUGUUUUAAUGAGCCAGAAGUUGUUGGCAAACACUUCGGAUGCCAGGAUGGAGGAUGGCGAGACGAUCUUCCCUACUACGGCCUCACUCUCAGUCAUCGCGCCUCAUCCGACGGCGACCACCACAACCGAAGCGGGUGGGAGCGGGAAUGCAGACCAUGCCGGCAGAGGAUCAGCGCCGAUCAAGGAGACCGAGGUCGAUCGGUUCAACCCGCAACAUCUGCUCCUGCCUCUCUCGAACAUCUCCAAGCUGAUGAAGGCCUCCGUCCCGCUGGACUCGAAGAUCUCGAACCCCUCCAAACUCUUGAUCCAGGCCUGUGUCUCCGAGUUUAUCAGCUUCCUCACCUCGGACGCUAAUGAACAAGUCCUGGCGGAGAAGCGCAGGACGCUCAACGGCGUCGAUCUGAUCUGUGCCGUCCGAAGAUUGGGCUUCGAAGGCUACUACGAGGCCUUGCAGAUCUAUCUCGCAAAGUAUAGAACCGUUGCAAACGAGACCGGAAAACGACACCGAAGACCUCGGGCUGACGAUGACCAAGAGGAGCCCGAAGACAUGCCCAAUACCAGACCUGCGAAACGAGCUAAAGUCAGGCCAGCUCGGCCGAUCGAUCAAGCCCAACCCGCUCAUCUAGGCCGCCAGGAUGAUGAUGAGGCUGAGGAAGACGAUGAUGAGGAUGAUGAAAGCGACAAAGCGAAAUGAGCCUUGUUUUCUUCUUUAAUCACUGUGCUUGUUUUUUUGAUGAAUGAUAGGCACGGAUGAUGUAUCGUCCAGCUUAUAUUUAUAUAUAUGAACUCUUAUAUAGAGAGAGAGAGAGUUUUUUUUUUUUU